AUAAUAGUUUUGGAUAUUCUGAAAGGAUCACCAAAAUCUAAAAUUCCCAAAAAUAACAAGAAGCAAUUGCAGCAGCGGUGAAGAGCUAUGCCAUACUCUACGGCAAUGCUCCAAGUUCAACUUCAACUUCUCUACCCACACCAGCCUCUCUUCUCUUCCCAGCGGAAUUCAUCUCCAAUUACCACCGUUCACUCUAAUCUAGUUCCAAUUUGGACUCCGACAUCAAUGGCUACAGUUCACUUCCAAUCAAAGCCGUUAAUUAACUCCAUAACAUGCAUGGCGAGACCAAGAAGAGUGAAAAUGGUGGCGAAGCAGAUUCAGAGAGAGCUCUCCGAUAUGCUUCUAACGGAUAAGGUACUACAGUAUGCUAUUUUGCCGGAGGCUGCUUUGGGUGCUGAUAAAUAUCUGUCUUCUCUUACUACAAUCAGCGACGUUGAAGUUUCUUCUGAUUUACAGGUGGUUAAAGUGUAUGUAUCUGUUUUUGGCGAUGAUAGAGGAAAGGAGGUUGCGAUUGCUGGGUUAAAGUCUAAAGCUAAGUAUGUUAGGAGUCAACUAGGGAGACGUAUGAAGUUGAGGCUUACUCCUGAGAUACGGUUUAUAGAAGAUGAAUCUUUGGAGAGAGGAAGCAGGGUGAUUGCAAUAUUAGAUAAAAUUAAAGCUGAAAAGGAAAAUGGCAUAAGUGAAGAUGAUGAGUUCGAGUCAUCUGAUUCACCUGAAGACAAUAAAGAUUGGGAGGGUGAUGAUCCUGAUGAAGACAUUAUUUAUGUAAAAUAGGCAGUUCCACUAUUGCUUGGCUUAAGAUUUGUCUGACUUUAGGCAUGGCCAUGCUUUUUAUCAGGGAGAGAGGACCAUAAGCAUAUUGUUAACUGGGGAGGAGCAAAGUCUGCCUCUGCCUCUGCCUCUUGGCGAAACUAAAUAGUUGAACCAUGUCAUCUUCUGUGAAAGUUAUCCAUUAAUUUGUAGGUAGGUGACCUUUGGGUCCAGAAUAGUGUGUAAAACAACAAAUCCACUCAAGUGUACCUUCCAUUGGCAAAUCUUUUCUAUUUUUGGCGUUUUGCACGUGUAUUCUUCUAUAUAUCUACAUA